UCUACCCCGUGUCUGUUCAUGGUUUCUCCACAUCUCUUUUGAUGCAAAGCAACCGAGCGGCCUUGAAAUUAGUUGUCGGCGAGGAACUUGAAAAGAAAGGCUGACGUGGGGGUAACGACGUCCUUGGUUAAAAAACGGUAUCAAAGAAAGAUUUGCCUUCCAAAAGCUCGGAAGAAGCAGUAUGGCUUCAGGAGGAGAAUCCAAGAAUGAUGAUCUUUCCACUGCCAUUUUAAAGCAAAAGAACAGGCCCAACCGACUGAUUGUUGAUGAAUCCAUCAAUGAGGACAACAGUGUGGUCUCACUCUCCCAGGCCAAGAUGGAUGAACUGCAGCUUUUCAGGGGGGAUACAGUGCUACUGAAGGGGAAGAAGAGGAGGGAGACGGUGUGCAUUGUGCUCUCUGAUGACACUUGCUCCGACGAGAAGGUGCGAAUGAACAGGGUUGUCCGCAACAACCUAAGGGUUCGCCUCGGGGACGUCAUCAGUAUCCAGCCAUGUCCGGAUGUGAAGUAUGGAAAGCGUAUUCAUGUUCUGCCUAUUGAUGACACAGUGGAGGGGAUCACUGGCAAUUUAUUUGAGGUUUACCUAAAGCCAUACUUCUUGGAAGCAUACAGGCCAAUCAGAAAAGGAGAUAUUUUCCUGGUAAGAGGUGGGAUGCGGGCAGUGGAGUUCAAAGUCGUGGAGACUGACCCAAGCCCCUACUGUAUCGUGGCUCCUGACACAGUGAUCCACUGUGAGGGUGAGCCUAUCAAACGGGAGGACGAGGAAGAGUCUCUCAAUGAGGUUGGCUAUGAUGACAUUGGAGGUGUGAGGAAGCAGCUGGCUCAGAUUAAGGAGAUGGUGGAGCUCCCUCUCAGACACCCUGCCCUUUUUAAAGCCAUUGGUGUAAAGCCGCCACGUGGCAUUCUACUGUAUGGACCUCCUGGAACUGGGAAAACUCUGAUUGCUCGGGCUGUGGCUAAUGAAACUGGAGCUUUCUUCUUUCUUAUAAAUGGCCCAGAAAUUAUGAGCAAACUUGCUGGCGAGUCUGAAAGUAACUUGAGAAAGGCCUUUGAAGAAGCUGAAAAGAAUGCUCCUGCCAUUAUCUUCAUUGACGAACUUGACGCUAUUGCACCCAAAAGAGAGAAGACUCACGGAGAGGUGGAGAGGCGUAUUGUUUCUCAGCUGCUGACUCUGAUGGAUGGGCUGAAGCAAAGGGCGCACGUCAUCGUCAUGGCUGCAACGAACAGACCCAACAGCAUUGACCCUGCUCUCCGACGAUUCGGCCGUUUUGACAGGGAAGUAGACAUUGGCAUUCCAGAUGCAACUGGGCGACUUGAAAUCCUCCAGAUUCACACCAAGAACAUGAAACUGGCUGAUGACGUAGAUCUUGAGCAGGUAGCCAAUGAGACACAUGGGCACGUUGGCGCUGAUCUGGCAGCACUCUGCUCCGAGGCAGCGCUGCAGGCUAUCAGGAAGAAAAUGGACCUGAUUGAUCUGGAAGAUGAGACCAUUGAUGCUGAAGUCAUGAAUUCACUGGCUGUUACCAUGGAUGAUUUCAGGUGGGCCCUAAGUCAGAGCAACCCCUCAGCUCUGCGGGAAACUGUGGUGGAAGUGCCCAAUAUCACUUGGGAGGACAUUGGUGGUCUGGAAGACGUGAAGCGAGAACUUCAAGAACUUGUACAAUAUCCUGUGGAGCAUCCAGAUAAGUUCUUGAAGUUUGGUAUGACACCAUCUAAAGGGGUGCUGUUCUAUGGGCCACCUGGUUGUGGUAAAACCCUUUUGGCCAAGGCAAUUGCCAAUGAAUGUCAGGCCAACUUCAUCUCCAUCAAAGGCCCAGAACUGCUUACAAUGUGGUUUGGAGAAUCAGAGGCUAAUGUCCGGGAGAUCUUUGAUAAGGCCCGACAGGCUGCCCCAUGUGUUCUGUUCUUUGAUGAGCUGGACUCUAUUGCCAAAGCUCGAGGUGGAAACAUUGGUGAUGGUGGCGGAGCUGCCGACAGGGUCAUUAACCAGAUUCUAACAGAGAUGGAUGGUAUGACCAGCAAGAAGAACGUUUUCAUCAUCGGAGCCACUAAUAGGCCAGACAUCAUCGAUCCUGCUAUCCUUCGACCUGGCCGCUUAGAUCAACUGAUCUACAUCCCCUUGCCAGAUGAAAAGUCUCGUGUGGCCAUUCUUAAAGCUAACCUCAGAAAGUCUCCCAUCGCAAAGGAUGUGGACUUGGAUUUCUUAGCCAAGAUGACCAAUGGUUUCUCUGGAGCUGACUUGACUGAGAUCUGCCAGCGUGCCUGCAAGCUGGCCAUUAGGGAGUCAAUUGAGAAUGAAAUUAGACGGGAGCGUGAGAGGCAAACUAAUCCUUCAGCCAUGGAGGUUGAGGAGGAUGAUCCCGUUCCUGAGAUUCGCAAAGACCACUUUGAGGAAGCCAUGCGCUUUGCUCGCCGUUCUGUCAGCGAUAAUGACAUUCGCAAAUAUGAGAUGUUUGCACAGACACUGCAACAGAGCAGGGGAUUUGGCAGUUUCAGGUUUCCCUCCAGUAACCAAGGCGGCAGUGGACCAAGCCAGGGCUCCACAGGGGGUAGCGGAGGCAACAUGUUCAAUGAGGACAACGAUGAUGACCUCUAUGGUUAAACUGAAUGGCGGGAUCACCAGUAGCAGGCCGCCUCACAGUGCACCAAAACAAUCCAUCCAACUGGGCAACAAUGUACAAAAUUCCGUAUUCCUGGAACUUAAUGCUUCUGAAAGUUUUUAUUUUUUAAAACACCAUUUUUCUUCAAUGGUUGGAGAAAGCAUGUAGCUGCUUGUUUUUGCUUGCUCUGGUUUGUGAGGAGAUAUUUCUGAGAAAUUGGUCAUUAGCUUAUAGGGGAGGGAUAAUUCAAGUGGGUAAAAUAUAUAGUAGUGGCUUCAUUUUCAAAACUUUGUAAUUGACAACAUUGUGUGUGCAGCUUUAGCAACAGGUUUGAUGCUACCCAAAAAGAAAGGAAAUUGCUAAUGACUUCUUUUUUUUAAAUUUUAUUAAAGAGUAGGGUAAUGUAUUCCAGGUUUUGAAAUAAAUUAAGUUGUUAUAGUGUCUCUGAGAA